GCCAACAUAGAUUGGCAGAAAAGAUGCGUUUCCCUGGAGAUGCAACUGUUGAGAUUCCGUCUUCAGGCAGGAAAAAUCCGCGAACUUCUGGCAGAGAAGAUGCAAGAGUUGGAACAGAGAGUGAUUGAGGCUGACCAGCGGGCUGAGAACGCAGAGAAACAGGUUCAUAUAAUGGAAGAGAAGCUUAAAUCAGCCAAUAUACAACCCAGCGAAUCAGAGAACACUCUGUAUCGAAGGUUUCAGGAGCUGACCAAUCAAGUGCAGGAGAAAGAGAUGAUGAUAAAGAGACUAGAAGGGCAGCUGGAAAAACAGAACUUGGUUCGGGCCCAGGAGGCCAAGAUUAUUGAGGAGAAGGCUGCCAAAAUCAAAGACUGGGUCACGUUUAAGUUACGUGAGAUGGAGAUGGAGAACCAGCAGUUAAAGAUGGCCAACCUAAAGCAGGCAGAACAGAUCCUCAUUCUCCAGGAUAAGCUUCAAGUUCUUUUGGAGAGGCCCACAUCUCCAGGCUGUCCCAUGUCUCCAUCUCUUGAUGCCCACCUUGUGCCCUCUAGUCCACUGUACCCUCCCAGCUGUCCUGGUACCCCUCCUGCUCAGGAGGACACAUGGAGACAACCAGGGUCACGGCUGGCUAACUCAUCAGCAGAUAUGAAGAAGAAGGGGACAGAAGGUCCUGACCCUUUAGCCCUCAGUGCAUCCUUACAUCCCACAAUACAUAACAGAGACAAGCCAAGCCAGGACACAGCAAUCGUAUCCAUGAUAAUGGACAUCGAUGAAGGCGUGGCUGGUUUGGAGUCUCAAGCAGGAGUGACGUGUGAGAGAGCAGAGUCCAGAACAGGAGGUUCAGACAGAGACCACUCCUCCGAUGAACUCAACAGCAAAUUUCGCUCCCACCACCUUCGUUCUUCGUCCUCCUCAUCCUCAUCUUCCUCUUCGGUUUAUGAGACCCCUGGCUCCGGGAUUUUUGACACCCCCACUCCUACUCCCAAAAGCCCACCGCCCAUGUCACGUUCCCCCCCAGCAUUACGCACCCCCCUCCUUUCAGGCCCCUUACCCCUAGCAUUGCCCUCUGGUACCAGCAUGACUCUGCCCAAAGUACGGACACCCCUCACCCCCCGAGACAGCAUCCAGCUGGUUAAGAAGCACCAUAGUCAGCCCCAGCCUGGUCUAGAGCGCCUCCACCAUGUCAAUGUCAGUAUAGACAUUGGGGCAACGGCCAUUCCACAGCCCAAUCUUGCUCAAUCCUCUCCAUCCACACUGGGAGUGGAGGAGACAGAUAUUGAUGAGGGGCCUGUAGAGAGCAUGGAAGGUGUAGUGGAGGGGGCUGGAGCACAGGACGCCCCCCAUCAGGCAGUGUCCUUCGGUGGAAUGGCAGAAAAGGUUGAGUUCCUGGAACUGGAGACUGUGAAGCCUCCAACUCCACCUCUUCACAGAUUCCCCUCUUGGGAGAGCCGAAUAUACGCAGUGGCCAAGUCAGGUAUGAGAGUGUCAGAGGCCAGCCCUGGACUGAGAGCCACUGGACGCAUGUCAAGUUUGCCUCAAUACCCCAGUGCUGGACCAUUUGCUCACCAGAUCUAUAAGAACAUCAGCGUUCCUGUGUAUAGCACGCUGAAAGGGAAAGCCACUCAGAUUAGCAGCGUGCCUCUUCCCGACGAUGACUCUGGGUCGGAGGACGACAGCAGCUCAUUGGCCAGCUUGCGCACGUCCGCACUUGGUUCAGACAGGAAGGGCAGCACCCCAGGCAGCCCACGUGCCGUUAAGAGGGGUGUGUCAAUGUCAUCCAUCAGCUCAGAGAGUGACUAUGCCAUCCCCCCUGACGCUUACUCUCUGGACAGUGACUACUCUGAGCCUGAGCACAAAGUCCAGCGUACAUCCUCUUACUCCUGUGAGAGUGUUGGACCAGUAUGUCUGUUCAGUGAAACCCUGGAGAAGUCAGGUUACCUCCUUAAGAUGGGCAGUCAGGUGAAGGCUUGGAAAAGACGCUGGUUUAUCCUGAGAAAUGGAGAAAUCCUGUACUACAAGUCUCCAAGCGAUGUUAUCCGGAAGCCUCAGGGGCAAAUGGAGCUCAACUCUUCAUGUCGGAUUAUCCGUGGAGAGGGGUCACAGACAUUCCAGUUGAUUACAGAGAAGAGGACCUUCUAUCUGACGGCAGACUCUCCUAACAUCUUAGAGGAGUGGAUCCGGGUUCUCCAGAAUGUUCUCAAAGUCCAGGCCAGCGGUCCUGUCUCCAUAGAAACCACUGCCAAGUCAACAGUGCGUGGUUGGCUCACUAAGGUGAAGCACGGCCAUUCAAAGCUGGUGUGGUGCGCUUUGAUUGGCAAAGUCUUCUACUACUACCGCAACCAAGAUGACAAGUUCCCUCUGGGUCAGCUGCGCAUGCGGGAAGCACGGGUCGAAGAGGUGGACAGGUCAUGUGAUUCAGAUGAGGAUUAUGAAGCUGGUGGGCGGGGUUUCCUAUCUUCUCACUGCACGUUGGUGGUCCACCCCAAAGAGCAAAGCCCCACCUACCUGCUGAUUGGCACCAAACAAGAGAAGGACACCUGGCUAUACCACCUGACUGUGGCAGCAGGCAGCAGCGCAAGUCUAAAGGUGGGCACAGAGUACGAACAGAUGAUUGGCAAACUGCUGGACAUAGACGGAGACCCAGAAUCUGUCGUGUGGAAACACAAAGUGCUAUGCUUCAGCAAGGAGGGCCUGUAUUUUCCCCUCACCACACUGCCUUCUGAGGCUCUUCAGACAGAGGCUCUCAAACUCUUCAAGUCUUGCCAGCUAUUCAUCAAUGUACUGGUGGAGUCCCCUUCCAUAGACUACCAUACAUCACUGGCCCAGAAUGCACUGCAGGUGUGUCUGACUCAUCCCGAGCUGCAGAACGAGAUGUACUGUCAGCUGAUAAAACAGACCAAUUGCCGCACACCCCACAAUUACGCCCUCACCCAAUGUUGGCAGCUGUUGUCGUUGUGUGUGGCUCUUUUCCUGCCACAACAUCACUUCCUCUGGUACCUUAGGCAGUACCUACAGAGGAAUGCAGAUCCCAGGAGUGAAGUAGGAAAGUAUGCAGUGUACUGCCAGCGGUCAGUGGAGAGGACGUUGCAGAAUGGAGAGCGAGAGGCCAAACCCUCACGCAUGGAGAUCGUCUCCCUUCUGCUGAGAAACCCUUACCAUCAUUCUUUACCCUUCAGUAUCCCAGUACACUUUAUGAAUAACACCUACCAGGUGGUGGGCUUUGAUGGUUCUACCACAGUUGAGGAAUUUCUGAAAACUCUUAAUCAUAAAGCAGGCAUGAGGAAGCCCCAGCUCUCUGGCUUUGCGCUCUUCACAGAUGAUCCCUCAGGCAAAGACUUAGAACACUGCCUUCAACCCAGUGCUAAGAUCUGUGAUGUGAUCUCAAAGUGGGAACAGGCACUUAAAGAACUGCAUCCUGGGAAAAAUGAAGCAACUCGCACUGUUCGCUUGACAUAUAAGAGCAGGCUUUGCUUCAGAGCUCAAGCUAAGGGAGAGACAGAACGAGAGCGCCUCCUGCUGGCUUACCAAGUAAAUGAUGAAGUGCACCAAGGCCACUUUCCUGUCAACAAGGAGCUGGCCCUGGAAGUGGCAGCAUUAAUGGCCCAGGUGGAGCACGGAGACCUUGACCGACCAGCGGCAUCUUCCACAAGCUCUCCUCAGCCCAAAAUCCAACAAAUCCUCCUACAGGUUCUAGACCGAUUCUACCCUAAACGCUACAAACAAGACUGUAACAUGGAGCAGCUCAGAGAUCUUGCAGAGCGUCUUGCUGCUAAGUGGUCAGUUCUACGUGGGUGUACUGCCUCUGAGUGUGUGAGGAUCUAUCUAACUGUCGCCCGGAAAUGGCCUCUGUUUGGUGCCAAGCUUUUCACGGCCAAGCCCCUGCCUCCAACCACUUUUGACCAGACACAGGUGUGGCUUGCUGUAAAUGAGGAUGGAUUGAGUGUUCUGGACUACACCAUGCAUCUGUUGAUCACAUACUCAUACCAAGCAGUAAUCACCUUUGGAGGAUGCCGUGAUGACUUCAUGGUGGUUGUCAGUCAUACUAAAGACCAGGCCUUGGGGAAGAAAACAGUGGAAAAGCUUGUUUUUGCAAUGGCAAAACCCAAGAUCCUGGAGUUAACUCUCCUGAUGGCCAGCUAUAUCAACUAUUGGAACUCCAGCCUCCAAGCAGCUGGUAACCAGAUGCAAAACCCUUGCUCCACACUUGGGUCUCACAAAGACAAGAUGUUGUGGGACAUUGACAGCAAACACUUCCCCUCUAUGACAUACACCACAAAAGGCCCUACACUCCUGUGA